UGUGGCUGUCAACCGCCAAAUUUAACUGGAAAACACGUCGGGCUGCUGAAAAGAAUCCAGGAUAAAGUGAAAGAGGAAAACCCUGAACAGGAUGUUAUUUUCCUUCACUGCAUCAUCCAUCAGGAGUCUCUGUGUAAGUCCGUAUUGCAGCUUAAUCAUGUCGUUAACCCAGUUGUAAAACUUGUUAACUUCAUACGAGCGAGGGGACUUCAGCAUCGUCAGUUUAUUACGUUCCUUGAGGAAACCGAUGCGGAUCACCAGGACUUGCUUUACCACUCUCGUGUCCGCUGGUUAAGUUUGGGCAAAGUGUUUCAACGAGUGUGGGAGCUGAAAGAGGAGAUCAGCGCAUUUUUGGAGUUAAUGGGGAAAUCCGAUGACUUUCCUGAGCUGAGGGACAAUAACUGGCUCUGUGACUUUGCGUAUGCUGUGGACAUAUUUUCAUACAUGAAUGAACUGAAUUUGAAGCUACAGGGGAAAGAUCAGUUUGUACAUGACAUGUACACAAAUGUGAGAGCCUUCAAAUCCAAGCUGACCUUAUUCUCCAGACAACUUUCAAACAAAUCUUUCGCUCAUUUCCCCACAUUAGCCAUGCAGAAAGAGGCCCCCCGAAACACGAAGAAAUACAGCAAAUCACUGGAUGACCUACACAGAGAAUUCUGCCAUCCUGAAGCAGCACCACAGAUGCUGCAGUUAGAACUGAUCGAUCUUCAGUCUGACUCCGUGUUGAAGGAGAAGUUCAACUCUCUUAAACUGAAUGACUUUUAUGCUUCACUUGAUGAGGCCAAGUUUCGAAACCUGCGGAGGACGGCACAGAAGAUGCUAGCAUUGUUUGGCUCGACCUACAUGUGUGAGCAGACAUUCAGCCUCAUGAACAUCAACAAAACCCGUCACAGAUCUAAGUUAACGGACCAACACCUCAGAUCUAUCCUGAGAAUUGCCACAACAAAACUUACUCCAGACUUUGAUGCACUGGCAAAAAAGGGAGACCAACAACACUGUUCCCACUGA